AUGAACACUCUGCGCAAUGCCAGCGCCAGCUAUAAAUACGGCGAGAAGUUUUGAUUUUGCGAACGGUUGCACCGCACAGUAUGAGGCGAUUACUUUUUAUUAUCAUCCCAGCCAUCGUCACAAUCGGACACUCGAUCCGACCACCCAUUAUCGAUGGGAGGGAAGCGGAUCUACACGAGUUCCCGUACCAGGUGUCGUUACAGUGGAACUUUAACAAUGGUUCACGCCCAACGCAUUUCUGUUCCGGAUCGAUCCUCAACCGGGACUGGAUUCUAACGGCAGCGCACUGCAUGGAAAAUCUCUCGGGCAACGGUUGGUACGAGAUCGUCGCAGGUGUGAACAACAUCGCCCACGAAGAACCCGGAGCACAGCGACGAAAUGUGUCGCGGUUCGUCAAGCAUCCGUUGUUCAAUGAACUCACCAUCAAGCAUGAUAUCGCUGUGAUUCUGCUCUCGGAACCGUUGCACCUGAACGGCAACAUUAAAACAAUGAGACUGGCGACGGGUAGCACAGUUGUCCUGCAGACGCACGCAAAGUUUGCUGGGUGGGGCUCAAUUUCCAAAACUAUGGUCAACAUUUUCCCCGAUAUGCUGAUGAAAGUGACGCUGCCUCUUCGCACGCUGGAAGAAUGCGCAUGGGAUGGCAGGGUCGAUAGUACCCAGAUUUGUGCCGCAGGAUAUCAGAAUGUUUCCGCGUGUACGGCGGACUCGGGCGGCCCACUGACGGUAACCAUGGACGGUGAGGAGGUCCAGAUUGGAGUGGCGUCUUUCGGCGAAAAACCGUGCUUGGCAAGGUAUCCGAUUGUGUUUUCGAGUGUGUUGCACUUUUACGAAUGGAUUCAAAGUGCGAUCGCAGAUGAUUGAAUAAAGAAAGUAUUGAUAAAGCCACGAAA